ACCGUUCAUGAGUUAGCCGUCACUUAAUGUUGUUUUAGGAAACAAACCGAUCAAGAAAUCUAGAACUCGGAAAGUUCUUCCAGUAGCACACACUUUUAAUAUAUCUACUUUUGUAUUGUGAAAGUAGUCAAUAAAUCCUUGAGGAGUUUUUGCCGAAAAUUUUAGGAUUUAAGAAGUCGGUGCAAUUCUUCUUUCUUAUUUUUACGUACCGAUCUCAAAGAGUCUCGUCAAUGAACGAGAAAAGAUAGUUGCGAGGCGACUAUUGAUUUGUCUGGCGACUAUUGUUCACUCGAAUGUCGGCUAGUCUGUCAACAAACUUCUGCGCAUCUUGAUCUCUUUUGAGAUGCCGAAAAGAGUCGUGGGAAUGGAAAUUUUGUAAUCUGAGCACAUCGCUUUCCUAUAUUGAGAUCGGCUCAUGCCUCCGCUGCUCACGUUUUGAAGACCGUUUGGAUCAUUUGGAGUUCGGUCGCUCGUCAUUGAAGAGACUCAUAUGGCAUCUGACAGAGCUGAGAGGGAAGCUGAUAGGCCGGGUUUAUCGUUUGAACCAGCGAAAAUCAGUUAGAGUGAUCUUCAACACUGAUCAUCUUUUCUUUUUUUUUGAGAGGAUGGAAGAAUUAGCCUUGUUUCUACCACUUCUAUUCUCUUCAUUCCUAUCUUUCUCAUAGCUUGCAGAAGAUUCGACGAACAAUAAAAGUCGAACAGCUCAUGGUACUAUAUGAUCUGACAUUUUCCGUUUCGGCCUUCCGCCACAUUCCCUUGCAAUCUCUAAAACGCACUUUUCGUCACAGUGUAUGAAAUCGUCAUAUAUGUCACACAGGGCAUUCGUGUGUAUCAUGUGGGACCUUGUACAUUGCACAGCGGAUUCGUGUACACCAUACAGUGCCUUCGUGCACAUUGUAUAUAUCGUUCCUCCACAUCAUACACUGCGUUCGUGCACAAGUUUCUGCGGCCAACAUUCAUGAUCAACAGGCAAACAUAUAUGUAUAUAUAGAUGCGGUUUUUUCAAGGUAAUAUCAUUUCGACCAGAAGAGGUGAGUAUGUAUUAGUGCAAACUAGCUUACUUAUAGAACAGACUCUUCACGAUGCAUUGAACUAUCUUACCCUCCAUUUUCUCCACUUCACCAGUGCCCUAUUUGAUUUCAUCAUUUUAUUGUUGUUUAAUACUGAUAACGCCGCUAAACUGAAAUGAAAUGUAGAGAUUUCAGUUAAAUCUCAAGAGACAACAUUGUUGAAUUUAGUCCAAGCUCUGCAUCCCAUGCCAGCAGUCGGUGGCUUAACGCAAUCGGAUGCACUGAAACUUCUUCGAGAGAAGGAAAAUCUGGACCGCGGCUGGGUUGCGGCACUACUCCAGUGGUCCACAGAGAAUGUCAUCAUGUCUAACCAUUCGACCGCUGUAUUAGAUUAUGAACGUCAUACUAAUUUAGCUGUUAAUACGAAGACUGCAGAUGAAUGCCGAAAUUUGUCAGAGCUCAGGCGCGAAAUCGAUACCAUCGAUCAUCUUAUUGUAAAGUUGAUCCAUCAUCGAUUGGAUUAUGCCUUAGCAGCAUUAAAAUUCAAGCUGGAUGGAAAGCCAAUACCCGAUAAUAGACGAAUUAUUCAACAGCUCAUUCAAAGACGGGAAUGGGCCGAAAACUACGGGCUCGAUCGAACAUUUAUUGAAUCUUUGUUCAAAUCAAUGAUUGAUUGGUAUAUGUCGCAGCAAAUAGCUUAUUAUAAAAUGCUCCAUCCCGGCGACGCGUCUGCGCAAUUUAAAAUUUGCUCACUGGCUGAAUUAAAAGCAGUGGAAUGCGAUUUGGAGUGGAUCGAUGUUUUACAUUACGGUCAACUAUUACGCUCUGCUUAUCGAAAAGCAGAAGACUUAGCUGAGCCUAUUCUGGUUAGUUAUACUCAGAAGACACCUAUAUUUU